AUGGUCAAAUCGCGUGAAGAGGUCAUCGCGGAGUUCCAUGAGGACGUCAACAUGACUGUUGAGGAGCUCGAGAAGUGGCUCGAGGACCCAAAGAGCACCAAGGCGGGCACCGGGGUCGGCAUCGAGAGCGGACACAAGAUUAUCGAGAUUUUGCGCAAGAAUCCGGACAAGGACCCGGAGAAGUAUGACGAGGAUGAUAUCGCGCACAUGCGCAAGGUAGCCAGUUACAUUAAGCGACACUUGGCGCAGGAAGAUCACUUGAAGGAUAUCAAGACGCGCGAGGAGCUCGAGAACGCGAAGAGCACCAUCAGGUCAGUCCGUUUGCUGAGUGCAUGA